CAAUUACUUCUUGUAUUUGAUUCAUAAGAUUCAACUUUAAAAGAUUGAGAAGUUGAGCAGAAGCUUUUGGUGUGUGUGUGUUCGUGCACACUGAAUGCUGGAGAGAAAAAAGCAUUCAUUCAGAUUGAGGAAGAGAGCUGGGAGAGCCUGGGAGAAAGGAACUGGCCAACAGCUAUAUGAAUGUCCAAUAUGUGGUCUUGUCUGUGCAAACUAUCAGAUUCUCCAGGAACAUGUUGACUUGCACUUAGAAGAGCACCACUUUUCACAAGGUAUAAAUGUAAGUGGAUUAAGUGAUCUGGAACUGGCUCAGCAGCUCCAAAAUGAAGAAGACAAACAGCAAGAACUAGAAGAAGCUAGACGAGAAAGAGAGGAAUUCCAAAAACUGCAGGUACUGUAAAUGUUUUCCAUGCCAUCCAA